UGAUUUUUUUUUGUUCAGGGCCGCUGCCAAGGACGACAGGUGAUUUCUGGCGUAUGGUGUGGGAGCAGCAGACGCUGGUGGUGGUCAUGACGACACGUGCGGUGGAGCGUGGCCGCGUUAAAUGUGCACAGUACUGGGCCGAGACAGAAGGCGGCACACAAACCCACGGACUGUUUGUUGUCACCACACAGGCGGUUGAGCAACACCCUGACUAUGUCAUCAGUUCGCUGCUUCUGCACAACACUGUGACGGAUGAGAGCCGAGAGGUAAGCCACUACCAGUUCACAUCAUGGCCAGACUACGGUGUGCCACUGUCUGCCUUGGCGAUGUUGGACUUCCUCCAGCGUGUGCGGCUCAGUCAGGCUGCCAUGUUGGCAGCACUGGGCGACACCUGGGCGGGUCAUCCACGUGGCCCACCCAUUGUCGUCCACUGCAGUGCUGGCAUUGGACGCACUGGAACGUUCUGUACACUGGACAUCUCCAUCUCACGACUGGAGGAGACGGGAACGGUGGAUGUGAGGGGAACAGUGGAACGGAUCCGGUCCCAGCGUGCCUUCUCAAUCCAGAUGCCAGAUCAGUACAUCUUCUGCCACAUGGCUCUCAUAGAGUACGCUCUGAGUAAGGGACUGAUACCCGCACCCGAUCUGGCAGGUUUUGACAACGGUCCCAGCGAGGACUCGGAGUAGAGACUUGCCAUAUCGCGCUCUACACUGCCCUCCGACCUGCACACAGUGUCUAAACUGUUCUGUCGAUAAAAUAUUCCUUGAAAAAUUUGUUUCAUUAUGAUGAUGGGACCGUACGUAAAGUACUAAAUGGUAAUCAGGCCAGAUUAAGAACACUUGAGUUAACAUAAAGUGCGUCUUAUUGAUAUCUUAUUGGACUCCUCAAAUCUAAUUUUGAUGUUUAUGAUGACUGUAGAUGUCUCUCUUGGUCUUGCAAUCAGCUGGUUGAAAUAAAUGAAAAAUACAUUUAUUAUAAACUCGAAAAUAGGACUAAGUCUUUUCUGCCACUUAACAUCUCAUUAGCAUGAUUGAGUGAUGUUGAUAAGAAGCUAAAUUAAUAAAAAUGUUAAGAUUCAUCGGAACAUUAAAGAGUUGUUAAAAUUUGGCCUUAACUAAACUCGUAACCCUUUAGUGUUUGUCAUUAAUAACACUAAAAUUAGUAUAUCAGAUCCGAGUGAAGUAUUUUUUGAGGUAAUUACCACUUUGUGUAGCCAGAGUGAAUCUACAGUUUCAAUUAAAACUGAAUUAAUCUUGUUGUGUUAAUGUGAGAUCAACUUAAAAUUCAUACACCGAGUUUCUACUAGAUGACAAAUCAUGUUAAUUUUUAUGGUCAACAAGUGAAAACUCUACUACUACUUACGGCAACUCCCAGUAAUUCAAUGGAGUAUCAAAUUUAGUGACAUUUUCCUUUUAUUUGAAAAUGAUAAAACCUUAUAAGUGGCAAAUCAUUGAUUUACCACUCUAUAUGGCAGAAGGAUCCGUGAUGGGCUUAAAAAUCAUUUUGUACUUUAUGUAAGUCCCAGAUAGUCGUAUUGAGCGUACGUUAGUGGAAGACCCUGAACUUUUCUAGUGUUGUGUGCGUUGGUCGAAGUCAGUAAAAAACACAAACUGUUCUCUAAUCUGACAAAUUUAUCGCCAGUAAACUAAUAAACUGUACAGUGUAUUGUCUCAUAUUAUAUGUGAUAUGUUUUAUUUAUUGUUUGUUUUUAACUAAUUUAUAAAGAAUAAUAUAUUAAUAGGGUUAAGGAACAAAAUGAUGCUUGUCAUAUAUUAAUAAUUUUUCAGCUUUAAUUUGUAUUUUCAUUUUUUACGAAUAGAAUCACAUGUUCCUUGGAUUUUAUAUGUAUUUUAGUUUAAAACGCCCUUUACAUACUAGUAUAUUCAUGUUUACAUAGAUUUUGUAUUAACCCGAUCAAUUGAAAAUCCGACAUCUUGGCUAGUUUGUAAAAUGCAUUUUAUAAUUAUAUCAGAACCAAUUAGUUUCCUUAAAUGUUUGAUGAUGGUUUUAUUAGAUUUUAUAUGUUUUAUUCCUUCCGUAGUAGAGAUGUAGAUACUCUAUUUUACAGUUAGUUCUUUUUAUACAAAACACGAUGCAAUUGGUGAUUCUAAUGUCUGACGAAACUAUUGUUAACGAUAGUUCAGUAACUAGAGAUCAGACCAAAGUUGAUUUGUUGUAGAACAAUUAUUGAUUUGGAUAAUUUUGUUUGCCAGUACAUAUUUUUAUAUUUCAUAAAUGUGAGAAGUUUGAGUGUCAAUCUAUGUUGCUGUAUCGUUGGAAUUAACUUAUACUUAUGCUCUUCUAAAUAAUCUUGGUCAAAACUAAUAUUUUCAUAAGUCCUCUCUUGCUGUGUGCUCUGUUCCAAUGGUCAUUUUUGAACUUUCUUAAAAAAUUUAACAGUUUCGGCAGUAUUGCAUUGCUGGAAAAGUUACUAACUGCAAGUUCCUGUAGAUUAAAUAAAAUCAAUUCAGUUCUUAUAAAUUGAUGCUCUUUGAGAAGCCUUAUUGUGUAUCAAAUUACAGCGAGGCUAUUUUUUAAAUGAAUCAAAUCAGAAGUUGUUCUCAUAGGUGUUUGUUAUUAAACUAUUUAACUUUCGGUAGGAUGUUGGUUUACCAUACAUUUUAUAUCAAAGUGUAAUAUGUACAUGCGGAACAAUAGCUUUAAACGUAAACACACAAUUGUUUUGAAAACUUUGUUAGUUUUGGUGAAUAGCCGAAGAAAACCUAAUAAUAUUGCAUUGUUAGUAUUAAUACUAUACCAAUACUUAUUGAUACAAUCUGUUAUUUAAAGUGGUUUUUUUCAAAUUGUAACUUUUGUAUCAUCCAUAAAUGUCAACAACAGCAAAAGGAAAUAUUAUAGUGAGUAAGCUUCUAACAAUAAACAAUUGCUAAUAAUUCAUAUUAGACAGAAGGUACAGUAAACUAAACAAAGUACAGAAGUUUGAACUUAAGUAUUCGUACUUGAGUUAUUUUUCUACUCGAUAACAGAUUGAUUAAUUGUGGUUCCAUGUGGUUUGAGUUUUGUCCAUAGAAGAGAUUGUAUUUUGUGAUAGACCUACACAAAAUGUACUUUUGAUAUACCUUUGUUUUGUGUAUGACUUGAUUUAUCAGUUUUUAUUAUCUAAGUCAAUUUAACAGUUGAUCUGACCAUUUCCAGUGAAUGUCUUCGUCAUACUAUAAUACUUGAUUGUUAAGUGUUGGUUCAAUUUUCAAGGGUUUUUACGACUUAACCACCAAAUUGUUGUUAAAAGAUUAAAAAUUGACAAAUUGGUGCUUUUUAGUGACAAAUAUUAAUUUUUUCAGUGUGUGAAUUUAUUAAAAAUUUAUGAACAAACUGUAAUGGUAGGAGAGAAAGACACAUAUUUUUAAUAAACUCGUACUUCGGUGUGUAUUUGGAUGAAUGAUUUAAGACCAAAGGUUUUUGCUGUAGAAUUUUUUUUUUCUUUUUUAGAAAUGAAUUUUUUUAUAAAAACCCAUGGUAAGAAGUUAGUAAGUUUUUAAUGGGAUAAAUGACCUGCUGUGACUGUACUUUGCAGUAUCACCAAAACUCAAGCAUUUGAAAUUUGUACUGAUUCCUACUUCUAGAGUACAAAACUUAUAUACGAUAUUUGUUUUUAACUAACAUUCCCAAAUAAUAGAGAAUACAUUUGAAUGUUCUUUUUUAUCGAUUCUUUCUAGCAAUUGUAAAAAAAUAAUUCCAACUAGACAUAAAAGUAGAUGUUGUAUAGGUCAAUAGUAGUUGCAUUGCGUUUUAAAAUGUCUGCUCUUGUCCAUUCAAACUGAGAACUAAUAUUGCCUAAAGACUGCAGUUUUUGGGAAUUCACUUUGAUCUCAUCAGAAUCAAAGCUGCUGUUCCGUGAGAUCAAGUAUUGAAUGCUUGUGUGUGGGUUAAAAUACUUGAAUUUGAUACAAUUUUGGGAUUAAAUCAUUCAUCAUUGCACAUGUUCAAAUCAUCUUGAAGUGCUAUUGGAAUUUCACAAAGCAAAAUUCAAGUACAGAAUUGAACCUUUUUUUUCCUCUUCAAAACAUUUAUAAUCCAAGUGUACAUUGCUAGACGAUUGUGUUAUCUCUUGAAGAAGUAGAUUGUCACUGUAGUGCUUACUGGAAUAUGGAUAAGACAUUGAAUGUGGUAAUUUUUAUUUUGGAAUGUGUAAUUAGUUAAAAAUUUAAUGGAAUAGAAAACAAUGGGUUGGUUUGAAUGGAAUAUCAGGAAGAUAAUUUGUAGUGUAUAUAACAGAAAAAGCCAAUGUAAUAUAGAGAAGCCGCACUUGUUGUAAGGGCGGUGUUUUAUAUAUAUAAAACUAUACUUUA